UCAGCACUCGCUGCCUGCCACGAGCAAGUAGGUGACGCCGGUGCUCUCCGGAGGACCGCCGGGAACGCUGCAGCGGCGGGGACCAGCGUGGGCACGCCGGCGACAUCUGGUCUUCCGCCACACCGUUGAAUCCCAGUUUGGCAUGGGGUUGGCCGGUUGGGAGUUGGACGCUCUCCGUCAUAGCUGACGACGCUGGCAUCAGCUGGACUACCUUAAUUUUUCUGCCCUGAAACCAAUCGCUUGUUUGGCAUCCAGCACUAGCAGCCCCAGCAAUUGACACAAGUGCGGAGAGCAAUGGAGGCGACUGCAGUGAGCGUGGGCAAGGCUGUACUAGAGGGAGCACUGGGCUACGCCAAGUCCAAGGCAGCGGAGGAGAUCGCCCUGCAACUCGGCAUUGACCGAGAUGUGGCCUUCAUUGUGGAUGAGCUCGAGAUGAUGCAAUCCUUCCUGAUGACUGCUGACGAAGAGCAUGACAAGCACAAGGUGUUCCUGACCUGGGUGAAACAGAUCCGUGAGCUAGCCUACAAUGUAGAGGACACCCUCAUGGACUUCACUCUUCAUUCUGACAAGAAGCCUUCCUGCUGGUGUAUCCUUCACACCCUGCGGGAGAGGCAUGACAUUGCCAGGGAGGUGAAGGACCUCAGGGCCAAAGUGGAGGACGUGAGCAACAGGAACCUGCGGUACCAACUAAUCAAGCGCUCUGGCUCAAACCACUCCUCUGUGGAGGAGCAAACCAGUGUUGCCGCUGCAGCAAUCUUUGGCAUCAAGGAAGCAAGGCAUGCCACCUUUGAGCAGGACAAAUCGAAGAUAAAUCUGCAGCAGCUGAUCAAAAGCGAAGAGAAGGACCUUAGGGUGAUCGCUGUGUGUGGGACUAGUUGUAAUCUUGGGAAGACAUCUGAAAUCAGGAAGGCCUAUGAUGAUCAAGAGGUAUACAAAGGGUUUCAGUGCCGUGCCUGGGUUCAGUUGAUGAGCCCGUUCAAUCCAAACAAAUUCUUCGAGGACUUGGUUAGGCAGUUCCAAGUCUAUUCCCGUGAAGUAAAUGGUAAAUCAGAAGAAGGAAAUGCUCCUGGAUAUGACGUCCUCAUUGAAUUGGAGAAGCUAGAGAGUCUGGGGCAAAGUUACUUUGCUAAAGAGGUUGCAGUUCAUGUUAAUACGAAGAGGUACCUGAUAGUUAUCGACGGCCUGUCCUCAGUUGUGGAAUGGGAUUGGGUUAAAACAUACUUCCCAGACAAGAAAAAUGGGAGCCGAAUUAUCGUGUCAACACAGCAAGUUGAAAUUGCAAUUUUAUGCACGGAGCAACCGUACCAGGUAACAGAGCUCAAGCAGCUGUCAUCUGAACAGGCUGUUUAUAUGUUCCACAAGGUGACACAAGAGAAACCUAUUACAUCAGAUGUACCUAAGAAACAGGUAACACGUGUAUCAGACUCUACAGGGCCAACCUCCAAGUCAAAUAGAGUUACUAGUUGCUGGAACAACUCUGCGAUUUCCAACAGUGAAAUACAGGACGAAGAACCAAAGUUUAUGUAUUCUGGUAUUGGUAAUGCGUUCUCGUCUACUGGAAAAAAGUUUGAGCGCAGCAGAACAAUUGCUCUGGUUGAUGACGUGCUCGUUGGACGAAAAGCAGAGAAAUCCAGAAUUAUUGAUCUAAUAUGUCAACCAGAUCACAAGCAAGGCUGCAAGGUAAUCUCUGUUUGGGGAAUGGGAGGUCUUGGAAAAACCACUCUUGUCCGAAGCAUCUAUAAAAGCCAACAACUUUGUGGCUGGAGGCGUGCUUGGGUCACUGCAUCGCGCCCUUUCAACCGUGAAAUGCUCCUUAGAAGUGUAGGUUUGCAACUUGACAAAGAUAUCCAGGAAAAUCCUGUUGUAGCAAACGAGUCACAUCAGGAAAAGAAAAUUAUGACAAAGGUGGAAGUUCAAGAGUUGAUCAAACAAACACUCCAAGAGAAGAAAAACAUCGCAAUGAUGGGACCUCAAGAGUUGAUCCAAAAGCUAACUCGGUUUCUAGAAACACAGAAGUGUCUCAUUGUUAUUGAUGAUCUUUUGUCCAUCGAAGAAUGGGACUCAGUUAAAGAAAUCUUUGCAAAGGCUAAUCGUAUCAUAGUCACCACUAGGGGAAAGGAUGUUGCAAAGUAUUGUUCAAGAGAAGACAAGAACAUGUACAGCCUUGAAGGUCUGAAAGGAGAUACUGCACUCAACCUUUUCAAACAGAAGGUCUUUGUGGAAAACACUGAACAGAUUGAUUUACAUCGUGAUCAUGAUAUGAUGGAGCAAGCAAGACUUAUCCUUAAAAAGUGUGAUGGACUUCCCCUUGCAAUAUCAACGAUAGGUGGUUUCCUAGCUACUAAGCCAAAAACUACUACUGAAUGGAGGAAAAUGAAUGAUCGCAUUAACACCGAGUUGGAGAUCAAUCCGGAACUCAGGACAAUAAAAAAUGUCCUCUUGAGGAGCUACGAUGGUCUACCCUAUUAUUUGAAGUCUAGUUUCUUAUACCUAUCAAUAUUUCCAGAGGAUCACAUGAUUAGGCAGAAACGUGUGGUGAGGCGGUGUGUUGCAGAGGGUUAUUCAAAGGAGAUGCAUGGCAUGAUUGCAGAGGAAGUUGGUAACAAGUACUUUGAUGAGCUCUUUGAUAGGAGUAUGAUCCUGCAGGGGGAAGAUGUAAAUAUUUAUGGUGGAAAAAACUAUUCUUUUCAACUUCAUGAUAUUAUGCGUCAAAUAUGCAUAUCAAAGGCGAGGGAAGAAAACCUUGUUCUUACACUGGAGGAGGGAUGCAGUUUGUGCAGCACAAAUGGUACAAUACGUCACCUUGCCAUAAGCAGCAACUGGGAAAGAGAUAAGGAUGCGUUUGAGACAAUGCUGGACUUGUCACACCUGCGGUCAUUGACUGUGUUUGGAAACUGGGGAUCAUUUUUCAUUUCCAGUAAAAUGAGAUUCCUUCGAGUCUUAGAUUUGGAGGACACUUUCGGAAUAUCUGAUCAUGACCUUGAUCAAAUUUGCAAGCUCUUUCACCUGAAGUACCUUUCUCUGCGAGGAUGUGAGAAUAUUCACCAUCUACCUGAUUCUAUAGGGAAUUUGAGGAACCUACAAACAUUGGAUGUCAGUGGCACACGUAUAUCUGAAUUGCCGGCCACUAUCACUAGGGUCCGCAAGCUGCAGUACCUUCGUGCAAACUGUGUCUAUGUUCCAAGAGAGAUUGAGAAAUUAAAUGCUCUACACACAUUCGGCCGUGUCGAUGUCAGACAUGAAGAAGGAAUUGAUACUCUAAAAGGGUUCAAACAUCUUAUGCAGCUGCGCAAGCUAGCAGUGGUCGGCCUCACGGCCGCAAACAGUGAGGAGUUCUGGUCUGCCAUUGCUAGCCUGAAACAUUUGCGAUCUUUGUCAGUCAACAGGGAUUUUCCGAGGAUUGAGUUUGAUUGUUCUUUGGGUGGGCGUUUGUUUCCUCCAAUAUGGAUUGAAAGCCUAAAACUGGCUGGCAAACUAGCCAGGUUAACAGAAUGGAUCCAUCAUCUUCAGAAUCUAUCAAGGUUACAGCUACGGGAAACUGAAUUGCAACAAGAUGCCGUGUGGGCUAUUGGAAAUUUACCAAAUCUUGAAAUUCUACACAUGCGAUUCGAUUCAUUCUUGGGGAAAGAAUUACUAUUCGUACAAGCUUCUUUCCCUAGACUCUUUCAGCUGGUGCUUUUGAAUAUGAGACAUGUCACAUUUGUUAAGUUUGAGGAUGGAACAAUGCCCAAACUUGAGCUUCUACAAGCUGAUCAAUGGGGAGAACACUGGGGAGGACGACAGGAAUUCACGGGGCUAAGGUAUCUCACGAAGCUAAAAGAAAUUUGGCUGGGCAGUCAAAUCAGUGAGGAAUUCAAGGAAAAUGUGCAGAAUCAACUAGCAGAAUAUCCUAACAAUGUCAGUUUGAAGCUGAUGUCGCGAGACUAGAAUGACAUCUAUGCAAGAAAGACGUCUCUUCUCUUAGAGGGGCUUCUUCGUCUUAGUUCUGCUUUCUUUCGUAUCCCCUUUCCUGAUGUUCCUCCUCUGCUGUUUAAGUUUCCCUCGCCCAAACAGAUCCUGCUAGGCGAUUACAGUUCGUGUCCGAUGGAGUAACUAAAUUACAAUUUGACUAUGUAACUCAUGCAAUUAGACACCAAACAGGCAUAUGUUGAUGACUUAUUUGGACACUUAUCCAGCAGUUCUUUUUACUAUCACUGAG